UGAUGGAUCGCUGGCAGGGCCGGGUGGCGGUGGUUACUGGCGCCAGUGCUGGCAUCGGCGCCGCCGUGGUGCGCGCCCUGCUCCGACACGGCGUCACUGUUGUGGGCGUCGCCCGGCGCGCCGACAGGGUCCAAGCUAUUGCCAAGACCCACUCGUACCCUGGCAAGCUGCACGCAGUCGAAGCGGACCUGAGCAAGGAGGGAGACGUAGAGGCGGCCUUCCGCUGGCUCAAGGAUAACCUUGGCCGCGUCGACAUCCUGGUCAACAACGCUGGCGUCUUCUCUGACUCUCAGCUUACAGAGGGCAGCACAGAGGAGUUCCGCCGCAUGCUGCAGGUGAACGUGCUGGGCCUGGCGCUGUGCACCAAGGAGGCCGUUCACCUGAUGCGCGCCAAGGGCGUCGACGACGGCCACAUCGUCAACAUCGGCAGCGUGGCGGGCCACUGGCUACCCCUCAUGUCGGAGGGCGCUUUCUACUACGGCACCAAGCACGCCGUCAGGGUGCUGUCCGAGGGCCUGCGUCGCGAGUUCCUCCAGCGCGACUCCAACAUGAGGGUCACCGAGAUCAGCCCUGGUGUGGUGGCCACCGACAUCUUCGACAAGCAGCAGCUCCUCUCGCGGGACGUUGUCCUGAAGCAUCCGCACAUCAUGCCGGAGGACAUCGCCGAUGCCGUCAUCUAUGUCCUGGGAACUCCGGGUUCUGUGCUAGUGCAGGAGAUGAUGGUGAUGCCGGUCAAACAGAAGCACCUGAGUGAACUGUAGCAGACACGCUGCCUAACUGUGGUAGCCUCUUCAGUAUACGACACUGUCGACGUAAAUUGCAAACAUAAUCAAAAUAUAUCCAUGUAUUCCUAACUCAUAUGUCAU